AUAAUGAUUAUAGCAUCUCAGUUAGUUCGGAUAGAAUGUCCAUUCAUCCCAACAUCAGAAUGUUGCUUUCUGCGGUGGUCACCAUAUUGUGUUCCAAAGCACUGCUUCAAACACAUUCUAGCAAAUUGUCCUGAGCGGAAAGUGAUCAUGUUUAAGCGUACUAUAAGACCACAAAAUGAUAUACGUCGGUCUCCGAAUUCACCCCUUUGUGGUACUGCUGAAUUGGGUUACAAGCCGUGUGCUAGCCGAGUAGUUGCUGAUAAGUUAUUUAAAUCGUGCUGUAAUAUUUAUCUUCCGAAAGAAUGCCAUUCAUUGUGUACUUAUGAAACUAAUCAGAGUACUACACGUAAAAUGUUAAUUUCAAUGUUAAGUGAAAAGAAGUGCGAUUUGAAAUUCUUGUCCAGGAUUUUGUACUGUGCAUCACAAAAUCGCGACAACAGGAAGUGUUGUGCUCACCUCAAUCUAAAUGAUCCACAGCUUCAGGUAGGUAGUCGGUGCCUGCGAAUGUGUGACCCGUCAGGAACUGCCUUAGAAGAAAUCACGAGAGAAGACGCUACCUGUCUGUACAAUUGGAAUGUUAUAAUGUACUGUCAUCACAGCGGGAUACGUGAGAUGUGA